ACACACAGGGAGCAACUCAAACUGAAUUCUUUUUCAGACUUUUUGAAAAUGGUCACAGUCAUUUGGUUUUCAUAAGUCGUUACAUCAUAAGUCUCCAUUGCCCAGCAUGGCUGAAAAUUUCGUCAAAAAGUUGGACCUUCUGCAUGGGAAUGAUGCUGAAGAAAAGUGUGAAAAAUUUCUGGAAGAAAUUAAAGAUAUAUUGAAGUUAUCAGAGCCACCUACCCAAGCUACAGUCCUCAGUACCUUCCUAAAGAAAGCUCUAAUUUUUGUGGCUGGGUCAAAGAUAUUGUCUGUGUGCAGAGCACUGCUUCCAGCUGCAGAAGCAGCAUGCAAGAACACAUUACUGAGUCUGAAAGCAUGGGAAAAUGCAAGUCAAGUUUCAAAGCUUCUCCAGGUUUCAACAGAGAUACUAGAUACUAUGUCGGCAUGCUGCCAGUGUGCCGAGGAGAGGAGUCUGCAGCAGGUGCAGUUUUUGGAUGGCCUGAUGUCACCAGCAUUUCAAUGUAUCAAGGCCACCUACAACCACUGCCAGGAGAGCUCACAGCUGUAUGGCUCCAUGCUGGAGUCUGUCAAUGGCCCCCUGACCAGGCUGUUCCGGGCUGCCACGAGUCUGCAGAGUGCUCUUCACCGGCUGGCUGAUGCUGUUGUCUCAGCUGAUAGCAGUCAUCAGGACCAACAGGCUGUCACCUUGCUGACAACAGUGUGUGACGAUGUGGCGGAGACGGGUCGCCAGCUGACCCAGCUGGAUACCCGCGCCAUGGCCGAGGCCUGGAAGUGCUACCUGCGCCUGCUGCAGCGGCUGCCGGACCUCCUGCCGCCCGCCGUCCGGCUGGGGGACGCGCUGACCUACAUGGCCGCGGAGGUGGCCUCGCAGCUGGCCACGGUCAGGGAGCGUGGUCGGGAUAAGACCUCCGCUCCGAGCUCUGACAAGCGUCUGGCGCGCGCCGUGAAGAUGUGCAGCUUCUACCUGAAGCUGGUGGUCGGUCUGUCGGAGAGUUACGUCAGCUCCGUCGGCGGCGCGCUCACCAGCCUCGUCAGACUCGUGCUCACUCUGAUCAGGUUCUCUGCACCGGACAGUCACGUGACCGACGUGGACCCGUCCGUUCUCGGUCAGCUGAGCAGUCAGCUGACGGUGGCCGCCGAACCGCUGCUCGACUGUCUGAUGGAACACCGGGACUUUCCACAGUCGUUCUGGUCGGCUCUAUCUGACUCUGAGGACCUUGGAGGCCUGUGUCGGCUGCGCUGCUGCCUGAUCCUGAUCCGCCGCACCUGCCACCUGGCGGCGCCGGCGCGAACUAGCUGGACCUCUGAGGGGGAGGGCGAGCGCCAUCUGAUAGCGGCGGUGCUCCGGCUCAUGCCUAUGUGUGACCGGGAGCUGACGUGCUGCCUCCAGCUGGAUUGCGACGGCCAGGGCCGGCCUCAGGUCAGCCUGUACCAACUCACCCUGUCUACCGUCUGCGCCCUGGCCGGCAGCCUGUCGGCGGCGGAGCUGCGCGCCGCGGAGCUGCAUCUGUGGCGCCACCUGUGCCGCGGAGACGGCUGGGCGUCACUGCUCGCCGCCGAUACGCUCUGCUUCAUCGCCAGGUACGGCCCGGCGGCGCUGUGCCGCUCCUACUGUGACGCGGCGGCCGGCGCGCUCUCCCGGCGCCGCUGUCCGCCGCUGCGCCGCCUCCUGUGCCGGCUGGUACCUCUGCUCGCCGCAGAGGACCGGGAUCAGCUGCUGCGCCGGCCGGCCGCCGCCUCCCUGCUGCACCCGGCCUGCCCGCCAGCGCUGCUCGAGUCGGCCCUGACUGCCGCUGAGGAGGAGACCGAACAGCUGACUGGGAGACCGGACCGGCGGACCGCCGCACAGGUCACUGCGCUGUCAGACUCGCUGUUCGCCUGCGGCACGGCCCUGUCCGCCCCGCCGGCGGUCCCCGGUCUACCAUCCCGCCUACUGACGCUGCUGGAGCGGCUGUGGGCGGCGGUGCCGACCCGGCUGACCGGUCCAGCAGGCUCCCGACUGGCCUGUGGUCUGCUGAGAGCCUCAGCCGCCCUGCCGGCCGACUCUCCGCUCAGCGACCAGCAGCUGACGCAGGUCCUCUCCAUCUGCUCCGGCUGGCUGCCCGAGUGCAGUGUGCCGGUAAAGCUGGGCGUUAUUGGCCUAUUGGGCAGCAUCAAAGCUCGACAGUUUCCGUCUGUGAAGGGCGACGAUGGUCCUAAACACUACAUUCCAACGCUGUACCGAAGUCUGCUGACCGACCCCAGUCAGCUGGUCCGGCAGCGCGCCAUGGACGCGUUCGCCGCAUUCGCGUCACGGACGCCGCACGCCGCUCUGAUCUCGGCGGCGGUGUCGGCGCCGGCCGGUCUCCAGGGCACGGCCAGCGGCCACCUGCAGCGGCUGGCGGCCCGGCGGCGCGGCCCGGCCGCCCUGUCAGCCGCCCUGGCCCGGGCCGGGGUCAGCUCGGCCGCGGCGGCCGCUGUGCCGGAGAUACUCCCGCGGAUGGGACCGCUGACGGACUCUGAGGGUGCCGGGGGCGGCGGUGAGGGACCGAUGGACUCAGAGGACGGUCUGCCGGUGACGGACGGCCCGGCGACCCGUCUGGCGAACGGUACCGGCGGGGAUGGCUCGGGUCGGUCGCCGCCGGGGGAGGGCUCGCUCCCCCCGCGGGAGGCGCAGCUACUGGACGGCAUCCAGCAGCGACUGGCCGGGCUGAGACGCGACUGGCGGCAGGGCGGCGCGGCGGCCGAUGGCGGCCGGCUCCUCCGACUGCUGACAGACAUACAGACCCGCCUGGACGCCGGGUGACCGCCGGGCGGGACGGCAGGCGCGGGAUGGACCCGACUGGCGAGAGCUGGCGAGAGCCGGGACCCCGGAUUGCGAGCACCGGUCAGUGAAGUGGGUGGGACAUGUUGUCAAGGGGGGGGGGGGGGGUGACGGGGCCAAGCGCCGUUGUUGAUUUUAGUGCUCGGAAAAAAUGGUGUGAAGUUUUCUUGCAAUAUGAUUUGUGUCUGUGUCUACUACAAUGCGGCCCUUAUACCGCGAGUGAUGUUGAUCGAACUUAAGGUUUGUAGCCUCGUUUCAUCCACCUGUCUCGUUCAUGUGCAUGGUCUGUUUUGUAGAACAUAUGCAUCACAUCAGCUGUAUUCCAUAUCCCAACCAUCUCCAAACAGUAAUACAGUGUAUAUAAAUGC